AUGGACAAUGUUGAAUUGCUGCACAACACAGAGCAGCUUGUUCUAAGAGAGGUACAGCAGCAAUUUUAUGAAAGUGAAUUAAAUGAUAUUCGUGACUCAAAGCCUCUAAACAAACACAGUUCUAUAGUACAACUGGAUCCAUUUAUCGGCAAUGAUGGGCUCCUACGUGUAGGUGGACGCUUGAAACAUAUUAAAUUUGAUUCUUCCUUCAAGAAUCCUAUCAUCUUACCUGCAAAACAUCAUGUUACAACUCUUAUCGUCCGUAAAUACCAUGAAGAUGUGAAACAUCAGGGACGCCAUUUUACUGAAGGCCGAAUUCGUUCAGCAGGAUACUGGGUAGUAGGUGGCAAAAGACUUGUUUCAUCCAUUCUGCACAAGUGUGUUACUUGCAGAAAACUCAGGAAAGAAUUCCAAUGUCAAAAAAUGUCAAACUUACCUGUUGAUCGCAUUGAGCCCGAACAACCACCUUUUUCGUCUGUCGGCGUUGAUAUGUUUGGUCCGUGGGAGGUGUUAACAAGGAAAACCAGAGGCGGUGCAGCAAACAGUAAACGAUGGGCUGCUCUCUUCACAUGUCUUGUAACACGAGCCGUCCACAUCGAAGUCGUGGAGGAGAUGUCAGCUUCAUCAUUCAUUAACGCGUUACUCAGAUUUCAAGCAAUACGUGGUCCUGUCAGAAUAUUUCGUUCAGAUAGAGGCACAAAUUUUGUAGGUACCGUGAAUGAAAUGAAUAUAAAUGUCAUAGAAGUGGAAAAUGGACCGAUUAAGAAUUUCUUACAAAAACAUGGAAUUUCAUGGAUCUUCAAUUCACCACACUCUUCACACAUGGGAGGAGUGUGGGAAAGGAUGAUUGGUGUGACUCGUCGUAUUUUGGAUGCCAUGCUGCUUGAAUAUGGAUCUCGUAGUUUGACUCAUGAAGUACUCACAACAUUCUUAGCCGAGGCUAGUUAUAUCAUAAACUCUAGACCACUUGUCGAAACAUCAACAGAUCCUAACAAUCCAUUUAUUCUUUCACCGUUGACAUUACUCUCUCAGAAAUCUAAUGUAUUGCAAUCUAACAUCAUAGAUUUUGAAACUGUUGACAAAAAGGAUCUUCUCCGUAAACAGUGGAAAAGGGUUCAAAAUCUCGCUGCAAUCUUCUGGAAGCGUUGGAAAGUUGAAUACCUCAAUACACUACAAAAUCGAAGGAAAUGGACUUCUGUAGAAAAGAAUGUUUCACUAGGUGACGUUGUACUCGUUCGUGACAAGGAACUCUCUCGAAAUUCUUGGCCUUUGGGUAUUGUUACAAAAGUCAUGCCCAGUGAUGAUGGACUAGUCCGAAAGGUAGAACUCAGAAUGAUUAUAGAUGGCAACCCAAAAACAUUCUUGCGUCCUAUCAGUGAAGUGGUUCUGCUUGUAGAACAAUAA